AUGGAACCUCGAUUCCAUCAAGUAUGUUUGAGUUACUUGAUUAGCCUAGAAUGGAUUAAGUACAGUGAUUCGUCAGGUAAUGCUGCUCCGCAUAUGCUUGACUAUCGACGUUAUGCUGGUGGUCAGUUUCGAACAUUGGCAAUGCUGUGUGAGCUUGCUCAGGAUGCAACCUAUGAUGCUCGUGAUAUCUUUUUGGAAAGGCAGAUUGUCAACUCACAAGUAAUCAGUGAAGAAUUAUUUCGAACUAAAAUGGACCACCUUAUUGGAACUUGGAAAAAAUCCACUAGCAGUCAAUUUAAACGUAGGAUGGAACUUAUUCGAAUUACUACAAUGAGAAAUCAUUUGAUGAGUCGUCCCAGUAUUUAUUUUCAAGCCAAUUUAACUGAACGGAGCUUAAUAAGUGAGCCUCGACAUUAUGGUGAAUGUAAUUGUGGUACAACGAAUCACACAUGUGUCGAACCCAUGAAAAUAUACGAAACAGUCAAAAACAAUCUUACAGAAAAACAUACAAUUUCUAAUUUUUUUUUGGGUUGCUAUCUGGUCGAAGCAUUAUUUUUGUCGACAUUGGAAUGUUUCUAUAAUGAAUCAUGCAUGACGGAUCUCCAUAAUUUUUUUCAUUCGCCUCUUGACGAAUCUUGGAUCUUUCCAGCGCUUAAUUCAAACCUUAGUCAAGCUAAUGAGUCGAUUGAAUCAAUUGUCGAUGAAUUGAUGAUUGAUGAUUGGUCAGUGUACAUCAAUUUUACUUCUUAUUACAACAAAUGCGCUCCAAGUACAUGUUUCACCGAAUACAGCAGUCGCCAAGGUCUCUUGACGAUUGCCACCAUUAUUGCUGGUAUUUUUGGUGGCCUAUCUAUUGGUUUUCAGCUAUUCAUCUGUUUCUAA